AUUAAAAAAAAAAUAAUAAGAUUAAGACGAUCUUAUUGAAACUAAAUCACCCAGCAUAGCGUUCCUGGUAACCACCUGCUGAUGAAUCAUGCGGUGGUUUGACAUUCCUGCAGUUAGAGUGGUCUCCCUUAUUAGAGACAGCUUAUUUCAUACAUAGGUGAGACAGGUUCCUGACAGGUUUAAUUAAUUCCAAUAAAUUCCAAUCUUGUAAAAUUCAUUAAAUUCAUAGCUCCUCGUAUAUAGUUAAAAUACUGCCCUAAUCAAAUAUAAAAGUAAAAUGGACGCACCGUCGGACAAAAUCAUAAUCUAGAUGACAGACGUCCUCGCUAUCGUGGACUGAUCCAUCGUGUUAUGGUAGGAGCCGGAUCUGGGAUACAGUGACCACAGGUUUGCGAUGACAGAAACUGGGUAUCGGGGCGUAAUGACACACGUCCAGUAGAUACAGCUAGUUGUACUGCCAUGGAGUAGGUCGUACAUGCGUUAUCGUCAAGUGCACGCACACGUUCAUGUUAUCGGGCACCUGCUACCACAAGUCGACAACCAUGUCGUCCAAUUUUCAACGUCUGUGUUUUUCUUCACUUCUCGUAUUCAUCCUUCUGGACUUAGCGAUCUGUGAGGAUAUAACCAAUAUACAGGCCUUUUAUCAAGGAAAAUGUCCAGAAGAAAUGGUCUGUGCUCACUCUUGUUUGACUAUAGACAAUGGCUACAUUUGUACGUGUCAGGAGGGAUACAUGCUCAGCAUGAACGGCUUCUCCUGCCUUACGAUCCCUGGCAUUGAGGAGCCCCCUGUCAUAGACCAAGUGUUACACUCAGGCUCAUCUUCAUCCUCCUCAUCUGACUCCAUUUCACUGUCAUCAUCAGAACGCCUUGUGAUCAAAUCUGCUGGACAGAUUGGCAAGAAUGUUCAAACUGGACGUACAGAUGACCAAUCAAAUUCCUUGUCCCAAGGAAAUGACCAUGAUGAUAUGGCCCUGCACACAAAUGACCACAUUACAGCUGAAAUGUUUGACCUCAAGGAAAAGUCUGUGAAAGAUACAAACAGCGAUGUGUUACAUGGCGUGGGGGAGCCACUGUCUCUGAUCCACCGUCCCACCUGUCAUGGUGUCGUCUGCCAAAACAACGGUACCUGUGUCGUGGAAGGGAGCAUCGUGCGAUGUAACUGUCCGAUAGGUAGUUCAGGUCGCAGGUGUGAAAAACAGAUAGUUGUGCGGUUUCCAAAGUUCCUGGGGAAUGGGUACCUGACACUACCUGUACUGAAGACUGGCUACAAAGAGUUCGACAUUCAGAUAGACUUCAAACCUCAGGCUAACAACGGUUUGCUGCUGUUUACAGCCGAGAAUACCAACACCAAGUCAGACUUCUUUUCCAUCGCCCUCGUCAACGGAUACGUGGAGUUCAGGUAUGACUGCGGAACAGGUCCAGCCAUUUUGAGAAGUAAAGUACAAGUUACCAUGGGCAACUGGAACAGAGUACAUGCUCGAAGAGUGGAUAACGAGGGGUCUCUACGACUUAACGAUGGCGAAAUGGUUGUCGGCUUCUCAAAGGGUGCUUACUCACGGAUCACACUGAGGCUGCCUGUGUAUGUUGGCGGUUACAGGAACAUGACUGCCAUGUCAUCACGCAUUGGAAUUACAAAACCUUUCGUAGGCUGUGUCCAGGAGAUCAUCAUCAAUGAGUACCGAUACGACCUGAGAAAACAGGAGUUGGUUGGUGACACAAUGUAUGGUCUUAAUGUUGGUGAAUGCAGUGAGGGGAUCUGUAACCAGGUUCAGUGUGCUAGGGGAGGUACCUGUGUAGCCAAGUCAGCUGAUCAACAUAUCUGUAUGUGUCCUCUCGGAACCGGAGGAGAGAACUGUCAAUACGAAAUCAAUGUACGCAUCCCAGAGUUUGGAGGUCAUUCUUACCUACAACAUAAUGGACUUGGUCGCUCCACAUUAUCCUACACACAAAUAGAGAUUGUCUUCAAACCAACCAGUCGUGAGGGCACCCUACUGUACAAUGGGUUCACACUGGACAGGAAAGGUGAUUUCCUGUCACUGGCCAUGAAGGAAGGUCACUUGGAGUUCUGCUUCGACCUUGGCACAGGGCCAGGCGUCAUCAGGAGUGUGGAGGAGUUGAGCCUUGGACAGUGGCAUUGGGUACGUGUAUCACGUACCGGUCUGCGGGGUGUAAUGGAGGUGGAUGAGCAACCCCGUGUGGAAGGUGUAUCUCAAGGAGCCUUCACUCAGCUCACGCUAUUACAGGAUCUAUAUAUUGGUGGCCACAGUAACUAUGACCACACCUCUCGACUGGCCAAUCUUACCACAUCCUUCCAGGGCUGUAUACAAAAGGUUAUCAUUAAUGAACAGCCUCUCCAGUUACUGGAGGAUGCGUCACAUGGAGUUAACAUUGAGGGCUGUGAGCAUCCCUGUCUUGGUGAGCCGUGCAUGAAUGGCGGCGAGUGUGUGCCUGACCGGGAUGUGUACCAAUGCUUCUGUCCUCUCGGCUACGGUAACACCAACUGUGAGGAUGAGAUUGAGAAGAAUGUAUAUGUGCCUAGAUAUAAUGGACACAGCUUUCUGUUGUACACUGGUCGGAGUAUCAACAAACGGGUGACUGGAUCCAAGAUCGACAUCCAGCUUACCAUGAAGCCAGAGAGAGCUAAUGGUCUCAUUCUAUGGAGUGGCCGGGACCAGCCCAUCACUUCCAAUAGUGAUUACCUUGCCCUUGGAUUUGUCAAUGGCGCCCUACAGUUCCGCUACAACCUCGGCAGUGGAGAGGCCGUCAUCUCCUAUAAUGACACGCGACUGUACGAUGGGGAAUGGCAUACUGUCAGGGCACAAAGAGACAAACAAGAUGGAUUCCUUGAGGUGGAUGAGACAGAAAUUGUAGAAGGAAGCUCACCAGGCAGUUACACAAUGCUUAAUACCAACAAAAUGUUGUAUGUCGGGGGAAUGCCUAAUGUUUCCCAAAACACUCUGAGGAAGUUCACUCAGGGAUUUGAUGGCUGUAUUGCCAGCCUCAUGCUGGCUGAAGACUAUGACAUACGAUUGGUGGAGGAGGCACAGAACGGGAGAAACAUUCUGCCCUGUCGGACGGAAUCAUGAUAGAGUAUUACAGAGUGAUGAUCCUCUCGGAGUGAUCAGUCUUUUGGACAUACUGGAUUUCAGUAUUAUGUGAUAAAGACUUUACUUCCUGUAUCGGGUACCAUCACACAGGGAUAAUCCAUAGCCAAUCUAUCAACCUGCUGACAAAGUAGUAGUGCUGUUGGUACCAUUAGGACAAAAUGUGUUAAAAGUGCUGGAUCUGUAGGUACAAUGAAGAGCAACUUGCUGGAAUAUGUUAUAUCUGUACACUUAAAUGCAAGUAUCAGAUUCUAUAUUUGACCAUAUUGGUUUGUUUUCUUUACAUCUUCGAGUAAUCAAGUCAGAAAACAAGUUAGGUCAAAAAGAAGUUAGGAUGGUUAAAAAUGUAGAAAGUACAAAAAUAUAUUUUGUCAUGGGACUGCAGACAGGAAAAUCUUCUGGUGUUAUUUUAGGGUUAUUGUCAAACAUUUUCCCAUAUCUAGUACAGUUUUUAUUAUGUGUUUGUCUCAAUAAGUUUGUUUCUGUCACGGUUAGUGUCCGGGGGACACAGUUGUAGGAGUUACCUCCCAUUAUUUGGUAUUUGACUAGCUCGUUGGAGUUAUGUCCCAUUAUUUGGUAUUUGACUAGCUCGUUGGAGUUAUCUCCCAUUAUUUGGUAUUUGACUAGCUCGUUGGAGUUAUCUCCCAUUAUUUGGUAUUUGACUAGCUCGUUGGAGUAACAUCUCAUUAUUUUAUAUUUGACUAGCAUUUCUUUACUUGGUAUUCUUAAACAGAUAUGGGGUUAUAGCAAGUGUAGUAAAAAUGGGAGUUCCAAAGAACAUUUAGGAAAGUUUUUUUUUACAUGAUAGGCAUUAGUACACUAGACCCUGCCUAUCAAUCUCUGGUACUUUAAUGACACUGGAGUAAUGGGGAAGUGUAUUUUAUCAUUAUGUGUAUUAGAGCUAAAGGAAAGAUGACGUCAGUGUUAUUAAACUACAGGAAGUCCAGGAAAUCAUUAUCAUCUGUACAAAAGCUCAUCUGUGUGUGCCAUUCAUCAAAAAUAGUCUAUUAGUGAUACAAAUAUUGCUGUAAUGAGGAGGUAGCCAUUUUAAUGAGGAAAAAUUCAGUAGGAAAGAAAACCAUAGCAACUACAGGUGGAGAGGUAACAAGACGUGCCAAUAGAGGGUAGUUUUGUUAAUGACAUUAGGCUACAGUCAAACUACAAUCAAGCCUACACAGUAUCGCGAGAAAUAUUUUGUUUCACAAAAUAUAGACAUACAUAUAUAUAUAAUUCAUUUUACAAUGACAAGGGCAUUUACAUUACGGUGUGUGUGUUGUUAUUGUGACAUUACCCAGGGUACAUUGUCUAGCAGGAUUAUCACACAGUCUUGUUGUUACAGUUUCUGUUGUAGGUAAAGGUACAAUGUAUUUAAUUCAAGCUUAUUCAUCACCCUGAUUGACUGUACAUAUUAACUUAAUCAUAAUCACUUUCAUGCUUGGAUAAAAAACAACCAACUCAUAUUUUUUUGUCAAAUUUUGUUGUAAUAUGGGAUUUGAUAGUAAGGACUGGAAUUGAAGAUGUCUUGGUUGUGUUCAAUGUAAUUUUACAUUCCCGAUCUCAAAAAAUGCAUUCCUGCUCUAGAUUUUAGGAUUUGACUUUGCUCAGGAGCUGCCAUUUUGUCACUUGUGGACGAUCUGCUGAUGACAUGCUAACACACACAGUGUAGCCUCACUGUAGGACAUCUAUAAACACAGGAGAGAUGUUUAGUUACCAGUCCUUCAUAUCCGCAACUUUCCAUCUCAUAAAUGAAAUUGUGGAAAUGAAUUAGUGUCUGUUUUUGUAAUCGUGACAAAAGGAAUAUUUCUUCGUAAAAUUUUUUGCAUGCUUUGCUAUUUUGAGACAAUCUGAAAUAUAGAAUUCUUUUGAAAAACAAAGAAAAUUUUAAAAUUUUCAUAAUUUGAUCAUGGUUCAUUUCUUAUGUGAUUUGUAUGACAGAAGACAUUACUACAGUUUAGUUUAGGGAUUGGACAUAGAAAUCAUUAACUGUGUACUUUAGGGUAUUAAAACAGUAGGAUAGUUAAUUGGCUAGAUGUAAAUAAAUAAUACCACUACAGGUUUCUUUGGGGGAGGAAACAAUCCGGUUGUGCAAUUUAUUCUUUCCUGCAUAAUUUGCUAUGAAAUAUUAAUGUUGAUGUCUGGAUGUCUAUUGUCACCCGGAAGUUAAACCUCCAGUUAUCCUGAUAAUUAAGUUUGGCUUUCAUGAUCUACAACAAUAACAAUUACAAUGGAUAUACAACAAUAACAAUUAGAAUGGAUGGAUAUAUCUAGAUACAAUAACCAAGAACAUUGGAAUCAAUAGCACUUCUAUUUUUAUUGCAUACUUUGUCCCAAAAUCGUGAAUUAUUCAGAAGUAAGAUUAAUAUUUCUUAGAGAUGAUUUUAUUCGUCAUUGUCUUAAAAUCAAAAACUGUACAGAUAUGCCUAUAGUCCAGAACUUCAGUAACAUUGUAAUUUCUGAGAUUUUUUAUCAAAGUCAUUGUCCUAGAAUCAAGAAAUUGCCCAGAUAAAGAGUUUGAAUUGUAUAUCGGGGCUGUGUACAUUCCAAUAUGUUGCGGUUGUGCUAACAUUUUAUAAGCUUUUUUACUAUGUGAUAAACACUUGAUUGACCUGUAUGUCUCAGUAUUGUUUCGUUUUCUUGUAUAUUAAUGUUGUGUUAAAAUGUCUACAAAAUUUUAUUGUGCAAAUAUUUUACUGUGUUACCUGCUGCUUUUCAAAUUAUACCCAUAAUAUAUACAGGUAUGGAGACCGUGACAUUGUAUUGUUUAAUUUUAGUGACGUCCAGCAUCAAUUUAGCUAAAGAUACAUAUUGUAAGAUCACCACAUUCCUGAAUCAGGUCGUUUUGCUAUAUCAGACUGUUAAGUUUUCCGAUUUGUAUGCUAAUUAGUGUUUGUUUUAUAUACUUUCAUUGUUGUGUUUAGUAUACUUAUUGUCUUUCUUUAUUCAUUGACUAUACUGACUGUAUUCAUUCAUCAUUUUACUGAAACAAAUAAAUUCUUCAAAUAAAAAUCAUGUUAAAAUCUUGUAAAA